CCGCCUGCCUGUCCGCAGGGGAUACUCUUGGCCCGCUUCGCUGUCUCGUCGGUGUUGGAUGUCCGGGCCUGGGAUGUCGGAAGUGGGGAUGGUUGCCAGGCAGCCUGCCGGCCGCUGAUCCGGGAUGUUCCGUGUGUUCAGCCUGCUGCUCGCGGCCGGCCUGCUGCUGGCCUGCCUCACCGCCUACGUGCUGGAGAACUACACCGUGCAGCCGGCUCUCAGCCGGAGGCCGCACCCGCGAGAUGGCCAGCCUCCUUACCCGGGCCGGGGCACGGACAACCUCUUCUGGUUCCUGCAGGUGUCUGACCUCCAUAUCAGUAGGUUCGUAGAUCCCCGAAGAACCCCUGAUUUUAAGACAUUUUGCACAGAGACCAUUGAUGUAAUUAAGCCAGCGAUUGUCUUCGUCACAGGAGAUCUGACAGAUGCCAAAACAAAGAACAGGAUCGGAUCUGUUCAGCACGAAAUUGAAUGGCAAACCUACCAUACAAUCCUGAAGCAAUCCAGAGUUUUAGAAAAGACCAAGUGGAUUGAUAUCAAAGGCAAUCAUGAUGCUUUCAACAUUAAGUCACUUGACAGCAUCAAUAAUUACUACAGGAAAUAUUCUGCCCAUCGUCAGGAUGGAUCCUUUCAUUAUCUACAUCAGACUCACUUUGGAAAUUACUCCUUCAUCUGUGUUGAUGCCACCCUGAGUCCUGGUCCCAAAAGACCACUCAAUUUCUUUGGUGUCUUGCAGCAGAAUAAAAUGGGUGAAUUGUCAAAGCUAGCAUCUGAAACUGUCAACAGCAAUCACACCAUUUGGCUUGGCCAUUACACCACCUCCACUAUCAUUUCCGCCUCUCCUGGCAUACAGCAACUCAUGAGCUCUGCUAUUGCAUACCUGUGUGGACACCUGCACACUCUGGGCGGCCUCAUGCCUGUUCUGCACAGCAGGAACACCGAAGGGACACUGGAACUGGAGCUUGGUGACUGGAUGGACAACCGGAAGUACCGUCUAUUAGCGUUUGACCAUGAUCUGUUUAGCUUUGUGGAUCUAAGCUUUAACAAGUGGCCAGCAGUCCUUAUCACAAAUCCGAAAUCCGCUCUAUAUCGUAGCCCAGGACAUGAGCCUCUGGGGAAAAUCAAGUACUCUACGCAUAUCAGAGUUUUAGCCUUCUCUCCGUCACAAGUCACCUCAGUCCAGAUCAGUAUCGAUGGUAUCACUAUAGGCAGUGCGGUUCACAUUGAAGGCCCCUUCUUCUCGAUAGCCUGGAAACCUGAGGAUUACAGGGAAGGAAUGCACUACAUUGAAGUCCGAGCAGAGGACACAACAGGAAGAACCACAGUUAAAGGUCAUGACUUUGCAGUAGAAGAAAUUAAACUGCUCCCGUUCGACCUUGUGGCAUCAUUCAUCCUCCUGACCCGACAUUACCUCAUGGCCAAGGUUGUAUUUAUUCUGGUUUUCCUGGCGAAUAUCUGCUUGAUCAUUACCGUCCGGUUCCAAAGAAAUCCGCAGCUUAAAGAGAGCCCUGGCGUCUUCACUCUGACAUUAUUUUCAUUUCAUGUGUUAUGUAAGACAAACAUGUUCUACUAUCCUGUGUUGCUGUUCACUUGCUAUGUGGCUGUGGGGCCUUGGUUUGUUGGUGAGGUGAUAGAUGGCCAUUUUGGAGCCUGCUUUGUCUUUGGGGUGGUAGUGGAUGGCCAUUUCUUGGAGGGAAGCCUAACUUUCAUCUUUGGAAUCUUUCAGCUGACAUUUUUUAAUAUACCACUGAUGGGCUACCUAAGCUGGUGUCUGCUCCUUCGGUGUCGAGGGACUUGCUUUUGGACACACUACAAGUACACAGGCUGGCUCCGCACUGUGCCCAUGCACGUUUUCAUCCUGGCACUCUUCCUGUGGCAACUCUACAGCUGCUACAUCCUGCUGCUCACUUAUGGCUAUGCUGCCUUCUUCCUGUCUCCGGUAAGGACAUGGUCAGUGCUACUGGCCCUGGUCCUUGUGUACAGGGCCUGGACUCUCGACAACUCCUCCAUCAGAAUAUUUAAAGCGGAAAUGAAGAAUUGCCCCUACUCCUGAAAGGGGAGAGAGGUGGCCGCUCAAGAGCUGGACACACAGUGACCAAGCAUCUUGACUGCCAUUCGCACUUUUCAAACCAAUCCAUCACAAAUCACGCAGGGUGAUUACAGUAUCAAAUCCCAUCAAAUCAUUUCCUUCCAUUGCCCCCAUCUCAAAACCAAAUGCACCAAGGGAAACAACUGGAAAAUCGGCUUUAAUGAAAUGAAGAUUGAAACUCAAGAGGUGGGAGCUGGUAGAAGCAGCUCACAUUUUACCUCAUACCACACCUUGUAUCUUUUUAUAAUGCCUGCUGGUCAGAACCCAAGAGGGAACUCGGUGUGUGUGUGUGAGAGAGUGUGUUUAUGCUGCCCUCUAGGGAUCUAAAUGACUCGCGUCCUCUACACAUAUGUUCUCAUCACUUCAGAACUUUAUAAAGUGGGUUAGAAAGUAGAAGAGGAGUCGGCCAUUUGACUCUUGGAGCCUGCACUGAUGUUCAAAAUAAUUAUGGCUGAUCAUCCAACUCAGUCAUCUGUUCCGCGCUCUCUUUUUGAUCCCUUUAACCGAGAGAGCUAUAUCUAACUUUUUCUUGAAAACAUUCAGUCUAUUAUUGCUUUCUGUGGCAGAGAAUUUUACAGGGUUGGCUAGAGCAGCCGCUGCUGUUCUUGAUCUCUGUGUUGCUUUGCGAGUGAGAAACAUAAGGGGUCCUUUGAAGGAUAAGGGUGUGUUUAACACACGCUUGAAAUAAUUUGUUCAGGUUUCAUUCUGUGAGUAAUUUAAUUUAGAGAAAAAAAAAUUCAGCCUUGUGGGACAGAAAGUAAAAUACUGUGAAGGGCUGGUGAAGUCAGUUAAAACCGAAACUGCUGGAAAACGCUCAGCAAGGUCAGGCAACAUCUGACAUAUCAUCAAUCUGAAAUGUCGACGCUUUGUCUUCAUGUACUGAGGUAGAGUGACACUGCCAGAGAUAUCACCUUUCGAGUGAGAUGUUAAACUAGGAUCACGUUUGUCUGCUUGGUGUAUGAAAGAUCACAUAUCACUAUUUCAAAAAGGAGCAGGGGAAUUUUCCUGGUGCCCCAGCUUAUCCCUCAAGCAUUAGGAAAGACUGGUAUUUAUAUAAUUCCUUUCAUUAUUGCCAGAUACUGCACAGCACUUUAUAAUAGUAACUUACUUGCACUGUUAUAGCAUUGGAAAUGUCGCAGCCAGUUUGCAUGCAACAAGAUGGUGAUUAAUCUUGGCCAAGACAUUGGGAGAAUGCUCCUGGGUUUCUACAAAAUAGUAUUCUGGGAAUGUUUUGGUUCACCUUAGGGGUCUCAGAUAAAGGUACCACCUCCCACAGUACAGCACUCCCUCAGUAUUACAGAGCACUGAAUAUCAGCCCUUGCUUAUCGUGCUCAGGACCUAGAGUCUGGCUUGAACCCACAACCUCCUGACUUGGGAAGUACUAUCAGCUGUGCUUUGGCUGGUUUAAAAGAAAAGUAAACGCCUAAAACCAUACAACCUGGUCAUUAUCACAAUGCUGUUUGCCAGAUGUUGCCAUGGCUAAAUUGGCUGCUGUAUUACACCAGUGACAAAUGGCUGCAGGAUACCCUUCGGGAUGCUUUGUGUUCUGAGACAGCCUGAGGCUG